AUGACCCAUAAUGAUGAUGACCAUAAAUGGGUAACCACCAAAAGAAAAGAACCAAUUUUUUUUACAGUUAUAUUAUUUAUUUUUCAAAUAUUUAUGAUAAUAUGUUUUGCUGCAUUAACAGGAUAUGAUACAAAUAAGAAUUACACAGGUUCAGAGAAUCCAGAUGAAUUUAAAGGUGGUGAAGUUCAAGAAAGAGUUAAUAAUUUCUAUGGAUACUUUAGAGAUAUUAAUAUUAUGAUUUUCUUUGGUUUUGGUUUUUUAAUGACCUUUUUAAGAAGAUAUGGUUAUUCAGCUUUAGGUUAUACUUUUAUUAUUUCAGCAUUGGUUUCCCAAUGGUCAGUUUUACUUAAUGGUUUCUUUGAAGCUUGGAGUCAUAGUAAUAAGCAUGGUGAAUUCCCAAGUACUUGGGAGUUUAGUAUGGAUUCAUUAUUACAAGGUUUCUUUUGCUCUGGUUCAGUUAUGAUUAGUUAUGGUGCAAUUCUUGGUAGGGUUACACCAUUACAUAUGUUAAUUAUGGGUAUUAUUGAACCAAUAUUUUUCUUUUUAAAUGUUUUCAUUGGUGAAAUGAAUUUAGAAGCUAUUGAUGUUGGUGGUGGUAUGUACAUUCACUUGUUUGGUUCAGUAUUUGGUUUAACAGUUGCAUGGUUUUUAACCGAUAGAAAAUCCAAAGAAUGCACUGAUAAUGCUCCAUCAUAUAGUGGUGAUAAUUUUGCUAUGGCUGGUACUUUAUUCCUUUGGAUGAUGUGGCCAUCAUUUAACGCAGCUAUUGCCCCAUUAGGUGAACCACAAUUCAGAGCCAUUGCAAAUACUUUCCUUUCAUUGACUGGUUCAACCGUUGCAACAUUUAUUGUCUCUAGAUUAUUCAGUCAUUUAGGUAAUAAACUCGAUAUGGUUCAUGUUCAAAACAGUUCAUUGGCUGGUGGUGUCGUUCAAGGUUGUAUUGCACACAUGAACAUUAAUCCAGGUGGUGCUAUUGCUAUGGGUUUCAUUGCUGGUACAAUUUCAGUUUGUGGUUACCUCUUUAUUACACCAAAAGUUCAACGUAAACUCCACAUUCAAGAUACAUGUGGUAUUUUAAAUCUUCAUUGUAUUCCAGGUUUCCUUGGCUCAAUCGCUGCAAUCUUUGCCGCAAUCAAAGGUCUUAACAAUCCAAAUAUGUAUAGCAAAGUUGAAUUUGAACAAAUUUUCCGUGCAGGUGAUAGCCAAGCCUCUGCAAAUCUCAUUGCAACUAUGGUUUCAAUUGGUUUAGGUAUUGUUGGUGGUUUACUCGUUGGUGUUAUUUUAUUACAACUUAAGAAAAUUAAAGGUCUUAAAUCAAAAGAAUACUACCAAGAUAGUGCUUUCUGGAUUUUACCAAUCGAUUAUCCAAAAGAUGUUGCAACCGUUGUUGCUUUAAAUAAUGCUGCUACCUCAGAAGAUACUGCUGGUGGCGACGAUGAAGAAGAAGGUGUUGGCAAAGAACAUGGUGCUGUUGAAAUGGGCAAACACAAUAGAAUCGUUCAACCAAAACAAGAUAAUAAAUAUCAUAAACAACUUCCAAGUGAUGAUGAAGAAGAAGAUGAAUUUAAACAAGAACCAAUUUAA